CGAAGGCGAAGCAUGAGCGUGUGGCAUCUUGCCGAGGCGAUCACGUGCCAUGCAUGGAACCAUGACAAGUCCAAGGUGGCCAUCUGCCCCAACACGAAUGAGAUCUGGAUCUACUCCAACUGCCAUGCGCCCGACGUGGCCCAGUGGCGCAAGGAAGCCAUCCUCACCGAGCACGACAUGGUCGUGAGCGGCCUCGACUGGUCGCCGGUCCACGACAUGAUUGUCUCGUGCUCGCACGACCGGUCGGCCUUUGUGUGGACUUACAACCCGUCCGAGCGCAAGUGGAAGCCGUCGCUGGUCGUCUUGCGCAUCACGCGCGCGGCCAUCAACGUCAAGUGGAGUCCCGAUGGUAAGAAGUUUGCCGUCGGGAGUGGUGCCAAGUGCGUGUCCGUGUGCUACUACCAAGCGCUCGACAACUGGUGGAUUUCCAAGAUGAUCAAGAAGCACAAGUCGACCGUCGUCGACUUGGACUGGCACCCCAACAGCCAGCUCCUCGUGACGGCGAGUACGGACAUGAAGUGCCGUGUCUUUGGGGCGUACAUCGCCGACGUCGACGCCGCGCCGGACGCCGGCCCGUUCCCGGCCAUGGCGCCCUUUGGCGAGCCCAUGGCAGAAUUCGACAAUGCCAACGCGUGGGUCAACGCGGCGGCGUGGUCGACGCACGGCGACCGCCUCGCGUUUGCGGGCCACGGGUCGUCGAUCCACUUCGUGCAUUUCGGCCAGCCCGGCGAGGUCCCGACGCUACAGUCGAUUCGCUUUCCCCAUCUCCCGCUCACGCGUCUGCUCUUCCUCUCGAACGAUGCGGUCGUUGGCUGCGGCUACGAUUUCAACUUGCUGCUCUUCACGAUGGACCGCAACGGGUACUGGUCGUUCUCGGAGUUUCUCGACAAAAAGUCGGCGACGCCUGCCAAGGCCGCGCUCGGCGGCGGUGGCUUCAACAGCAUGCGGCAGCAGUGGGAAAGCAAGGUGUCCCGCGGCCAGUCGGCGGACGCAACGUCGGGCGACAAGGGCGCGCUCUGGACGAAGCACGAAGCCACAGUCACGUGCCUGCAGCCGUUUGCUCGGUCGAGCAACGGCUCGAUCACCGAGCUGACGUCGUCCGGUCUCGACGGCCGCAUCGUCUUGUGGAAGCUCUCCUCGUUGAGCUUGGACAUGGCCAAGCUGCGCCUUUAAAGCACAAGCUCCUCGCUAGCAGCUCGACCGACUAGAGCUUGCGGUGCGAAUGUCUUCUCAACACGCA